CAUACACACAUACUCACAAACAAACAAAUAAAGCAAUACAUUAAUAAAUAACUCCCACGUUAAAGUGUGGCGUGAGCACUAUGCCACUGUACGGGAUACAACACGCAGUCCGGAGCAGUAAGACCUCCUGGCUGCUGGACAAGAGAGAGCCACAGACGAGGAACCAGUGAUGUGAAAGGGGACUAGUAGCCUAAAUAUGACUCAUGCCGUUGACUGGUGAGGAUGACUUUAAACAUCCUGACACUUCAACUGUCUCUCCUCCUCUCUCACGACAGGAAGACACAUCGGAGCAUCAAGGACGCUAGAGGCAGCCGCGACAAGUCAGCCUUGUCCCCUGUGGAGUAGACUAGCCUAAUUCCAAGGUUUGGAUUUAACGAGUUAGUCAGUAUAAGGAAGGAUGUGUUAUGGCAGCGAAGGAGGUGCAUCUCUGCCUUCCCUCUGUUUUCGGAUGUCCAUCGGUUGUGACAGCGCUGUCUACCAUUUCUGACCACCGUAUGCCAUCAACAGUACACUGAAGAGGCUGCACUAUGACAGGUCUGCCUAUAUUGGCUCUCAUCUCCUUUUUCUUACUGCUGCUCUGUGCGACCCAUGCGGGUGCGUCUCUCCGCAGCUGGGAGUCGCGUUCUUCUCCGGGAUCAUCAUCACCCUCUUCGGAUGAAGGAGGCGUGAGUCGCAGGGCAGUGACCUCGAAAGCGGGCUCGCAUCUUAACCAGAUCAAUCAUCAAAACGCCAGCAGUCCACAGGGAUUCCUUAACCUAGAUACUGACUCAGCCAUACCAAAACCACAGGAAAGCACCCUCAGCCAUAAAAUUGGAAACACUUCAAACUCUAACACCAGCAACACCACCAGUCUGACAUUCAGAUCACCAAGCCAUGUCCAGGACAGCUCGGGAGACGCGGGGCCGACAUGUGCCUAUCAACUACUGGAGCAGGGCGGCACAGACCGCCUCUGUUUCCGCCAAACUCAACGGCAUCUCACUUGCCCCAGCAAAGACUGCGAGAGAGUGAGGUCUCCUGGAGGGUCAUUGGUGGCCAAUGUGUUCUCCAACGGCAGCGUGCUGAUCCAGUGGACAGCCCAGGAGGAUGCUCAGUUAGCAAACAGAUGGGGUAUGGCAGACUGGCCCCUACACCAUGCCCACCGCACAGCCAUGGAGACUCAAGGUGCUGGUUUGGCAGGAGGGGGGCAGGAGGGGGGGAGACCUGUGACAGCCCAGCCUAGAGUCCCAAAGCGGGUGGCCAGGCGACUGGGUGGGUUCAGGCUGAGCUGCUGGUGGAACGGCAGCUACACUCAGUUUGAGUGCACGGGAGUCCAUCUUGGCUCCAGCUGCAGGGACUACCUGCUGAGCGAGUUGCAUGAGAAUGUGCCCUACCGCAUCUGCCUGCGACCCAUCACGACUGUGUGGAGUUCCAAUGGCGACGACUGUGUGGAGUUCAGCGUCUCUCCCACGGGGAUGCAGGACAUUGUGAUUGCCAUGACGACCGUGGGAGGAGCCAUCUGUGUGAUGCUGGUCAUCAUCUGUCUGCUGGUGGCUUACAUCACUGAAAACAUCAUGAGUCCUACCACACACACACAUAUGUCGCACACACACCACUAGGAUGCCAUCACACACUCACACUCAUAUUUACACACACACCAUCACAUUCCAACCACUAACACCACCCACGUAACACAGGUACUCAUGCACAUUUACUCAAACUACUCACAUCUACACGUUCCACUAAAAUAUUAGGUCAUGUGACUGAAAGUUAAUGCAUGGCAUAACCUCCACAUUACUAGAUUAAAACCCACCUAAACUUAUGGCAUCACAAUUUCCUCUUGACUUGAAAUAACCUCUACUGUAUUCUCAAGUAUACUGUUUGUCAAAAUUCAGAAUUGCUGAAUUUCUUCGAAUAAUGUAUAAAGGUUAGAUGUGAAUUUACCUUAUCAGUGUUAAUCCUCCCUAUGUUGUCAUUCAUAAUAUUGUACUGACCUUAUAGGAAAAAUAAUAAUACUUGAGAGUACUUUAGUUAUGUGAAAUGCCAAAUGCAAUUUUCGCCAAAAGGCAUUGAUUUAGUGUAUUUGUGUGUUGUCAAUUAUUAUAGGUUUUCACAAAUCAUCAAGACAAACUUUUUUCAAAGAGUUGUUUUCACCGACUACGCUGUACAUGCUAAUGAACCCCAAAACCUGACAAAAUGACAAAUAUGCCUUAUAAUUCCACACCUGUGCUCGCAAAAGUAGUAAUAAUGCUGUAGGCUUACUUUAGGGACCUAGACUGUUUGUCAGUCAGUAUAAAUACUGUGUUCUACCCUUUGUGAUCAA